UUUCCCCUCCCUUCCAAGGAGGGAGUAAAUAAAGCAGCCGAGGAGCUGGAGCUCUCCCCGCCGGCUCCUCUCCCCAUUCCCAUGGAUGCGUGUCCCGGCUGACGGCUCAUCCCGCGGACAUGUGCGCGGAGGAAGCCGUGGCCUCUCUGCUCCAGCUGGAGGAGACCUUCUCAGCAAGCCUGGCACGGAUCGAUGUCACGGUCCUGAAGCCUCUGCUCCAGGCAGAGCCAAAUGACCAGAAGGGGAAGGAGAACUUCAAGCUCUUCCUGCUCCUCAACGAUCGAUUCCAAGCCCUCUGGAACCUCACGGAGGAAAACUACCGGAUACUGAAACAGAAACGCGGCGACUCCGAGCGCUCCUGCAUCCAGGACAUUUACAUCAUCUGGAAAGGGGACCAGUUCCUCAGCAUCCACAUCCAGUAUUUUGUCACUUUUGCAAACUAUGUCGUGGUCCAAGGCUUCGAACACGCCACCAAGAGCAAAAGCGAGGCCUGGAAGCAGCACAGGACGGUGCUGAAGCAGUUCCUGACAGACUUCACCCCCGAGACCUCCGUGGCCCUGGCCCUGUACACUGUCCUGCACAAACCCCUCCGGGAGCACAUCCAGCAGUACCUCCUGCUCCUCAUCAAGCUCAAGGAGACCCUCAAAGAGGGCCCUGAGAAGGACGUGGUCACCAGUGUCAUCCAGGAGUAUGCAAAGCUGCAAUCUUUCAUCAGCCAGGUCCUGGAUGAAGCCUGUUUGACCAAGGCCUUGUGGAAAUCCUUGGGCUGCAAGUUCACGGACAUGCUGUGUGUUCCCGAGAGGAGGCUGCUGGAGGACAGCAAGGACCUUCCCAUCUCCACCGGCACCAACCGCUCCGACCGGAUCCUGCUCUUCGACGACGUCCUCGUGCUCAUCCAGGGAAACAGCUUCCAGAGUUUUGACCUGAAGCUCGUGUGGGUGGAUGAAAACUGUGGAGAAAAAUUGGAUCCGGAACUGCAUGGGCUGCGCAUCACGACCCCAGAAGAAACCUUCCUCCUCUCUACCAAAGACCUGCAGAUAAAGGCCGUGUGGCAGUGGAAGCUGAACCAGGCCGUGCGCCAGGCCCUGAACGGGAAGCGGGAUUUCCCGCUGUGGGGCCGGACGGGCGAGGGCAGCGAACCCCCGCCCUGCCGCUUCUUCUCCUACGUCUUCAGGCUGGAGGGCAGGUUCAGGAGCGCGGCCUACGAGGGGGAGUGGCGCUGGGGGAAGCCCCAUGGCAAGUUUGGGAUCUGCCUCGUCCCCCGCCAGGCUGAGGACAGGUAUGACUGUUACAAGUGCCACUGGUACGAGGGCAAGAUGAGAGGCUACGGAAUCUGUGAGUAUGGGAAUGACAUAGUCUACAAAGGUUACUUCAAGGACAACGUGAGGCAGGGCUUUGGGAUCCUGGAGAACUUCUCAGCUGAGCAUCCCUUCAGAUACACAGGCCAGUGGAAAAACAACAAGAAGAACGGAUAUGGAGUCUGGGAAGACAAAGACAGAGGGGAGAGAUACAUAGGGAUGUGGCUGGAUGAUCAGAGGCAUGGCCAGGGCAUCGUGGUGACCCAGUCAGGGGUCUGCUACCAGAGGACAUUCCACGCUGAUAAAAUGGUGGGGUCUGGGAUCCUGCUCCUGGAAGACGACUCCGUCUACGAAGGGAACUUCACGGAGGAUCUGACCUUUGUUGGGAAGGUGAGAACUUCCUUGAUUCCCACAUGGAUUCAUCUUCUACAGUUUCUUUAAUUCCCACAUGGAUUCAUCUCCAAAGUUUGCUCC